AUUUCAUUUCUUUUCUUUCGAUAAGACCUCACUCUGCUUUCCUCUGCUCUGCUCCUACUCGUGUCCCGGUCACGCCACCUCCCGACCCCCCAAAUCGCGAGACCACCCGCGGCGGCUGGCCGGCCGGCGGGAUAGGCGACGAGGCGAAGUAACUCGAGACGGCGCGGGCGGACCGCUCCGUGUGGCUCAUGAAGCGCUCCCCCAUCGUCUCCCAGGCCCGGCAGGGCGCCUCCGCCUCCUCCAGCGAAGCUAACCCUAACCCGGCCGUCGCCAAGGUCGUGCUGUCCCUCGACCCCCUCAGCUCCGCUGAGCCCUCCCUCCAGUUCAAGAUGCAGAAGGCUCAAACUAGGGAAACUAGCACUUGCAGUUUAGCAAAGAGUUCCUCCUUGAAUAUGCUCUUCCUUCUCCUCCUCCAGCUCCUUGCCAUCACCACCCUCCCUUUCUCUGCCAACAACGCCACCCAACUAGUCUAUGACACGGAGGGCAAUGUGCUAAGUAGCAAGCAAAAUUACUACAUCCUCCCUGCUAAACGUGCGACCGGCGGGGGCCUCAGAGCUUUGCCUACUGGCCUGCGGUGUCUGCACUUCGUGUUCCAGGAGCGCAACGAGGCUGUCUUCGGCACCGCCUAGCGAUUCACGCCACUACCAGAACACGCUUCAGCCAGCGAGCCGAUUCGCCUGUCGAGCGACAUCUGGAUCGAGUUCCAUGAUUUUGAUAGCUUUUGCUCUGAAAGGCUAGAUUGGCACCUUACCAAUCAGGUACCGGAUUCGUCAUCAGGAGAGCCUAAACACGUGGCCGCCGGCAGUGAAGAGGGCCUAAGAUCGUUUCCGGUGUUCCGGGUUGAGAAGCAUGGCACAGGUCUCUUGGGAUAUAAGAUAGUUUCAUGUGUUGACAAGGGACCAUGCAAAGAUGUAGGUUUGCAUGCUACUAAGAACAAGACGUGGCUGACCGUGAGCAAUAAGCCUUUUAUGGUUGUCUUCAGGAAAGAGAGGUUAUAGGUGUUUUUAGCUUUUGCUUGUUUCUGGUGUUGAUCUGUGCGCAAGUCCAUUGUAUUGCAACAGGAAAUGCUUCUGGCACGAGUCAAGAAUGUGCUGUAUUCUGCAUACAGUAUGAAGAACAUGUACUGAUCUUAUGCAGAUUAAACUUGGUGCUUCGAAGACGCUCAUUUGAAGAACUA